UCUUGCGUUGAGCGUUGACGGUUGUUGUCAAAUCUGUCAUGUUGUGGAAAGAAUAUGGCGGCGUGAGAAGGCCCCCAAAAUUAGUUUGUUAGUGAAAUUAGUGUCCAAAGUACUGUUUAUUGUGAUAGUGUAACGUUAAAGGUGGUUUUCCAUGAAAUUGCACAUAACUUGACAUAAUAGCCACAAUGGCAUAUUCUCUCCCGAAAGACUUGGACGGGUUCAUCCCCCAUCUGGCCAAAGCAGACACGAGGUUCCGGCUGCAGGUCGGAGCCGACCUUCUGACUUACCUGGCCGAACCUUCGAAUCCUAUCGUAUGCCAGGACAUCGGGCUGCUCAUCGACGGCUUGAUCCCCUGGAUGCAGAGCAGCAACUACAAGGUUUCCAGCAAUGGCAUCGAGGUCAUGACAUAUCUAAUAGACAGGCUCGGGACCGACUUCAGACCAUACCUACAGACAGUAUUACCAAACGUGAUAGACAGAUUGGGCGACGCCAAAGACACCGUGAGGGAAAAAGCCCAGCUGCUGAUCCUGAAACUGCUCGAGAGGAACGCGCUUUCGCCGCAGACGCUCCUGGAGAAGCUCACGCCGGGCUUCACGCACAAAAACGCCAAAAUCCGGGAGGAAGUGUUGCGAUGUCUGCUCAACACGCUCAAUGAACACGGCGCCCAGUCGCUCACCCUGAGCCGCUUCAUCCCCGACAUAGUGAAACUCCUAUCGGACCCCACCUCCACCGUCAGAGACACCGCUUUCAACACCCUGGUCGACCUCUACAAGCACGUCGGCGAAAAGCUGAGGGUAGACCUCCAGAGACGCAACAUCGUGCCGCCCGCUAAAUGGCAGGCAUUGUCCGCCAGGUUCGACGAAGUCAAAGAUAGUGGGGAAUUGCUCCUGACGGCCAGUAGGUCUGCGGAUUAUAACACCGACGAGAUAGACAGGGCGGUGAUGCAGAAGCCGGUGAUUCCUGUGAAGAAGGCCAACCUGGGCAGCGGCGUCAAAGCCAGGACCAUCACGACGGCGAGCAGCGCCAAUCCCGUUUUAAGCAGAGUGGGUUCCGUGAGAAAACUUCACUUUUCAUCGGGUUCAGCUGGUAGCGUGGACGAAGAUACGUUUACCAGGUCGUUCGAGGACGUGCCCACGGUGCGAAUUUUCUCUCCACGUGAAGUGAACGACCAUAUGAAAAACAUCCAGGACACGAUAUCCGACCCUAGUAAAGAAUGGAACAAACGAGUGGACGCUUUGAAAAAAAUCCGCGCCCUCAUCCUCGCCGACGCGAUGAACUACGAAGAAUUCCACCACGGCCUUAAGCAACUCGACAUCCCCCUCCAGGCCACCAUCAAAGACCUGCGAUCCCAGGUGGUGCGAGAAGCCUGCAUCACAAUCGCCUACCUAUCCCAGGUCAUAGGCAGCAAAUUCGACCGAACCGCCGAGCUCCUCAUGCUGCCCCUACUCAACCUGAUCCAGAACUCGGCCAAGAUCAUGUCCACGUCCGGCAUCGUCACCCUGAGGUUCAUCAUCCAGAACAUCCACAGCCCGCGCCUCAUCCCCAUCAUCACCAGCCACGCCGCCACCUCCAAGAGCAAGGACAUCCGCAGGAGCUGCUGCGAGUUCCUCGACUACAUCCUCAACAACUGGCCUCCGCACUCGCUCGAGCGGCACGUGGCGGCCCUCCAGGAGGCCGUGAAGAAGGGAAUCGCGGACGCCGACCCGGACGCCAGGGUGUCAUCGCGAAAGGCGUUCCGGGGCUUCCGGGAACACUUCCCGGACCAGGCGGAAGCGCUGCUGCAGAGUCUGGAGCCUAGUUACCGAAGGGCCUUACAAGGGGAUGGGAUGUCGGCGAGUUCGUCUAAUAAUAAUCUAGCGAGCGGGUUCAAGACGCCGAGGGGGUAUGGACGGACUUUGGCAACGCCGCAAAGUGCCACAGGUAGCACCGAAAACCUCACCGGUACCGGUGGUGGCCUUCAGAGGGCGCCUUCGUUGCCCAGAAGCUACAGACAACGUAGCGGGAUACCGGUACUCUCAAGGGAAAAUUCAGGCCGCAAAGGCUUCCGAAGCAAUUCAGCCAUCGAUUUGCAGGCGGCCCAGAGGGCGAAAGUGCGAGCUCAAUAUGCCGCCAUGGGGCGUAAUAAAAUAUCGUCGGGGACGGCUAGUCUGCAGGGAGAGGUUGCGCAAUCAGCACGGCCGAGGAAAGCCGCCGACACGGUCUCCACCCAGUCGCCAGAACGCCUCGGAAGAACGAGGAACAGAAACUCGCAAUCUCAACCGACCAGCAGAUCGGGCUCUCCGAGUUCGCGUCUGGCCUACUUGUACAAUAGGAGCACGGAGCACGAUUCUCCCAGACCUCGAAGACUGUCUUCAGGCAUCCCCAGGUCCACCACCGGAUCGCGGGACACCUCCAGAGAGACCAGCCCCAACCGAUCCACUCUGGGUAGAUUUAGAAACCGAGGAAGCGAGAGGCCUCCUCUGAGCCCGGCCUCCAGGCCCGUGCUAGCCCAGAAAAUCCUCCAGCAGAGUCGAGAGGCCGAAAACGCUUUGGCGGACGCUUUCAAUGACUCAGCGGACCACUACCGGAGCCCCAGGAAAACCAUGCGUUCCUUGGAAAACCACUCAGACGAAUCCGAGACGUCUAGCGUAUGUUCGGAGAGAUCUUUUGAUUCGUUUAGGCGACCCAGUGACUCAUAUUCAUGGAGUGGUUCUCAGCAAAGACUUUCGAGCAGGGAGUUGUGGGAACCCUGCCGUGACAUCAACGAGAUCAUCUCCCUCUGCGCCAGCACCGUGUGGCAGGAGCGCAAGGACGGCCUCUUAUCCCUGCAAUAUUACCUCAGCAACGAAGUGCCGCUAACCCCCGGCGAGCUAAAAUACCUGACCGAGAUCUUCACGAAGAUGUUCAUGGACUCGCACACGAAAGGUCUGAGCGUGUUCCUGGACACCCUCCACGAAGUGAUCAAGAUGCACAAGAACGACCUCCACAGCUGGGUGUACGUUCUUCUGCAGCGAGUUUUCCUCAAGAUCGGCACGGAAACCCUCAACUCCGUCCAGUCGAAGCUGAUGGCCACGCUGGAGAUCGUGCGCGCCAACUUCCCGAUACCGCUGCUCAUGCAGAACGUGUAUAGGUUCCUGGUGGACGCGACGCAGACGCCUAACGUCAAAGUCAAGACGGUGGUGUUGACGUUCCUGACGGCGCUAUGCAACUGCGCCGACGGCAGCCAGUUCGUGGGGGCGGCGCCGGCCAAUCAGGCGCUCCAGAAGAUCGUGGCUUUCACGCAAGACAUGAAGUCGGUGGAGUUGAGGAACGCGGCGAAGAUUUGUAUUGUGGCGAUGUGGAACUGCAACACACCUCAGGUGACGAUGAUGCUGUCCGAGUUGUCCAAGGAGCAGCAAGACGUCGCCAGGAGCAUAGUCCACAACCACAUGAGGAAAAACUCGACCGGGAGCGAGCCGGGCAGCCCUCUGGUGAACCCCAGCCCGAAGACCCUGUCACCUGGGACGCCGCCCCUGCGCGAGGGUCUAGACCAAGAGGAGAUCUACAGGAGUCUGAGGAAGACCACCGCCGAGAUCCAGAACUACAGCUACGAGACGCUAGGUUCGAAAUUAGACAGAGACAGAGAUACCACGUCGCAAGAUUCAGGAAUAUCGCAGAUGUCCAUCGGGAACGACAUCAAAAGCGACAUCGGCAUCCUGGAGGAGAGGAUGGAAGAUCUCACCAUUCGGGCCAAUUUCAAUUCCCGUUCCGGACCCAGGUCCUUGCCGCCGUACACUUCCGUCAACGGGAUCACGGAAACCGACUCGAACGGCUACAAGAGUCUGGGCGAGUGGAAGGAGUCUGAUAUUAUUAAGAACAUUUUCGAGAAGUGCGUGGUGGAUCAUCCGACGCCCGUGCAGGAGAAGAGGAUGCUGCUGGCGCAGUUGAUCGACAUGAUCAAGCAAGGGCAGACGGAGUCGAUCGUUCAAAAUUUUAAGAAGCUUCUUCGUCUGCUGAUAGACAAUUUGAAUGAAAAAGACACGAACACUCAGGUUAUUGUAUUAGAAAUCCUAAGUGCGAUUUUCCAAAGCAAGGAACUGAAGGAUUGUUGGUGCAAUUUUGUAGAGUUGCUCACGUUGAGAGUCCUGAAUGCCCACUGUGAUGAAAAACGAGAGGUUGUGAAAAUGGCGGAAGCGACUGCCGCCGCCAUGAGCGUUUGUCCAUUCCAUACCAUCGUGACGACGCUCGCGCCUUUAAUCCAGACGAGUCCUUACCCUCCGGUCCUGGGGGCCAUCAAAAUGCUCACGAAGCUGAUCGAAACGAACCCUACCGACGUGACUGACGAACACUUAUCGAUGAUAAUGCCCGGAUUAAUCAAGAGCACGGAUCAUCUGGAAAGUGCCGUGAGGAAGAGUUCGAUUUUCUGCAUGGUGGCGCUGUACAAGGCGGUGGGCGAGGAGCGCCUGUCCUCGUACAUUUCGUGCUUGACCGGGAGCAAAGUCAAGUUACUGAGAUUAUACAUAAGUAGGUCGCAGCAGAACGCGUCUGUGCCGACCAGUCCAAAAAAUUCAGCUAGCUAGUCCUUUGAGAGUUUCGGUUAAUCUUCCAGAUGAUAGUUUAGCACAUUUUUAUUUUAUAAUAAGCUUAAUGAUUUCGAGAAUGCGUAGGUUAGUUUUUGUGUUAUAUUUGGCAGUAAGUUUACAAACCAAUGUGAUGACACGAUCUAAAAUGAGAAAUUUUGUAUAUAGUAAAUAUAGUCACUUAUUGCUUUUGUGUUAAUUUUAUAGUUAACCUUUUUACUAAUGUUACUGUUGUUCAUUUUUAUCGGUUAGGCGCACUGGAGUUUAUUUAAGUGCCAUUUGCGAGGGAAUUUUACAAACAAAAACAACAAAUUUACAUUUGCAGCUUUAAGUUUAACGUUGUUCUUUGAAGUAGAGUUAUUAUGCGUGUUUAUGGGCUUGAUGAGUUUACACUUUGGAGAGAGGUCUUAUUUGUAUAUAAGUGUAAUGUUGUUUUUGUUACUAUUCUUCAUUUACAUAUAUUUAUUGAACGUUCGAUUUAUGGGAAGAGUUGAAAAGAUAGAGUUUCGCGUGAGGUACUCUGCAUUUAAUUCGCGUGUUGUGAUGAUUACUGUAGUUCGUCAAAUGUGAGUUUAUUUACGUCAACCUUGCACAUUAAGUUUAUCUCCCUAGUCAUAGACAUCUGGUAUUGUUGUUGUCUUUUAAGUUUUUGCGAUUGUGUGGGACAGUUUUAUCAUUCGGCUGUACAUAUUUCAAUUUUGAUGUUUUCUAGACUAAGACCAGACGUUAUUAGAUUUGAUCUUUUUUUUUUUAUUGAAACGUUUUGUAUGACUGCGUUGAUGAUUCGGUUAAAUCCAACUGAUAUAGAAUAUUUUGAAGACUUGUAACAUGCAACAUAUUUGAGUAGAUGAUAUAACUGCAGAUUUUUUACAUAGAAAUUUCAAGAUCUAGCUUAAAGAAAUGAUAUUUUAUAUGCCAAAUAAUAUAUUAACUGUAUGUGCUAUAUCUUUUUUUAAACAACCUUCGUAGCCUGUAUAUACUGUACCUUAGGACUAGCGCUGCAACCACGUCAAAGAAGUGCUUUGCCAUUGGUUUUGUUUUCAAUAACCAUCCCAGCUGUACAUUUCAGUAUGACCUAUUAAAACCUAAUUUCAA